UCCUCAGGAGCUGGUGGUGAUCGGUCGGUGCGGGGCAUUGCUUCUCAGUCAGUCGGACCUGUGUGAUAGCGAGUACCUCGGAGAGACGAGUCUUCAGUGAUAAGUGAGGACAGUAGUGGUGUGAAGUACAAAACGUUUUCAAUCGAAAACAUCACCUGACAGUCGGUCAUAAGUGAUCUGUUGGAUGGUUGUUGAAUAGUGAGAGCCGAUCGGUGGCACGCUUCAGUCAUCUACCAGCGGACUUGUCCAGCCAUGUACCGUCUGUUCGACGACCAGUGCGCGACGUGCGAGUCGAGCGAGCCGGCCCCGACGCGUCGCCCGUUCGUGCUCGGUCCUCUGCUGUCUGACCCGCGCUUCCCGGAGGUGGAGUGGGCUGCCACGUACCUGAUGAGGGACCCCGUCUGCUGCGCGGUGUACGCCCCCACGGACAGCUUUCCGGCGCAGCCGUCGUUCGCGCCGCUUGGUAACGCCAACUCGCCUGUGUGUGAGGACCGGUGUGACAUCAUACGGGACGCGUUCUGCUGGCUGGCCAGCCCGUGGAUCAUCAGCAGCGUGGAGCAGUUUAUAGAGAUGGCCCGCGCUGGUGUCGGACUGCGCUUCUGCCCGCUAUGCUGCCAGUAUUACAGCCUGGCCAAGUCGACGACGCGCGACAGCAACGGCAACCAGCGCGUGCGGACGCCGCUCAGCAAGGAGCUGACCGUGAGUCCCGACUACGUGCGACCACACCGGCUGGACGUGCUGCUCGACAUGCCGACCGCCUCGCACGACCUGCAGCAGAAGUACGCCUGGAACGCCGACGACCGCAGUCUCAACGUCUUCGUCAAGGAGGACGACAAGAUGACGUUCCAUCGGCACCCGGUGGCGCAGAGCACCGACUGUAUCCGCGGCCUGGUGGGCUUCGAGCGGGGCCUGCACGUCUGGGAGAUCCACUGGUCGAGUCGCCAGCGCGGCACACACGCUGUCGUCGGCGUGGCCACCGCCGACGCGCCGCUCCACUCCACAGGGUAUCAGAGCCUGGUGGGAGCCACAGACUCCAGCUGGGGCUGGGACCUCGGCAGGAACAAGGUCUACCACGACUCCAAGAACAACGAGGGCGUCACAUACCCGAGCAUCCUCAACGACGCCGACCUCAACAGCACGUUCAUGGUGCCCGACAAGUUCAAAGUCAUCCUUGACAUGGACGAGGGCACUCUGGCGUUCAUGGUGGACGGCCAGUAUCUGGGCGUGGCAUUCCGCGGCCUCAAGGGCAAGAAGCUCUACCCGAUCGUGUCGGCCGUAUGGGGCCACUGCGAGAUCACCAUGAAGUACGUCAACGGCCUGAGUCCGGAGCCGCUGCCGCUGGCCGACCUGUGCCGGCGCGCCAUCCGGCAGCAGCUCGGACGGCAGCGGCUCGGGCGCAUCAAGGAGCUCAACCUGCCGGCCACCGUCAACAACUACCUGCUCUACAAGGACCGGCGGUGAGCCGCGCCCGGCGCCGCCCCCCGCCCGGCCUCAGGAGGAUCUCAGCUGGUGGCGCGCCGGCGCGCCAGCCAGCCAGUGACGCGUCCCGCGCGCGCGCAGCGACACGCCACACCGGCGGGACGCGCCGCGUACUGUUCGGAUGCAGCCGCGAUUCUUCCACGCUUGUUUUCAAACGACUUUACUGUGCGCCGCUCUCGGACUGGGUUUUUAUAUUGGAUGAUUUUCAUGAUCUUAUUGGCUGCCUUUGGCAGUGACGGUGUGAAUGGUGGGUGAGUGUGUGGCAGCUGAGGGCUGCACAGCUGGUCGAGUCUGGGUCUGUUAUUGUGAAGAAUUUACCGACGGCAGCGAAUGAACUAGCAUAAUUGUGCACAGUGCGUUUGAUACAUACAGGGGCCUGUCUAUUUCUCUGUAGUUGAGCCGCCGGCCGGCCGGGCGGCCGGUGCGCCCUGCACGCGGCGUACCGGGGACGGCCGGCCGGCGGCGCCACUCCUCUAGGGGUAUCUUGUGUUGUGAUAUGCAUAAUAUACCUUGUGUUUGCAAUGGGGCAUGGCCGGCGCCGCGACGAGUCUCUAUAGUGCUUGAACCGUCUGUAUUUUUACCCGCCCUGCUCAGCGCUGCCGGCCUGUGUCCCCCCUGUCACGUGACCGGCGCCGCACUGUACAUAUCGUGUCACGUGGUCGGUGCUCGGUCGCCGGCCGCCCCAGGCAUUAAGUGUCAUACGUACUUGUACAAAACGCUGGCCGUCUGGGAGGCGGGCGGGCGUGCCGUUCCGCCCGCCGCCGCAGCGCCGGCCGUGCCGACUCCGUUUGUUCUGUUUGUAUUGCCAAUAAACACCAAACCCCC